AUCACCUGGGACAGUAGAGAGAUCACCUGGGAUAGUAGAGAGAUCACCUGGGACAGUAGAGAGAUCACCUGGGACAGUAGAGAGAUCACCUGGGACAGUAGAGAGAUCACCUGGGACAGUAGAGAGAUCACCUGGGACAGUAGAGAGAUCACCUGGAAUAGUAGAGAGAUCACCUGGAACAGUAGAGAGAUCACAUGGAACAAGGGAAAGAUCACCUGGGACAGUAGAGAGAUCACCUGGGACAGUAGAGAGAUCACCUGGGACAGUAGAGAGAUCACCUGGGACAGUAGAGAGAUCACCUGGGACAGUAGAGAGAUCACCUGGGACAGUAGAGAGAUCACCUGGAAUAGUAGAGAGAUCACCUGGGACAGUAGAGAGAUCACAUGGAACAAGGGAAAUAUCACCUGGGACAGUGGAGAGAUCACCUAGGACAAGGAUGGGAUCAAGUCUAGAGAUUCCAACGGUAACUGGACUCUGUGUGACUUCCUAUGGCACAACAUCCAUCUCAAUCAGUUGGACGGCUGUAACAGGCUGGUGGCCAUUGUCUGAUCCUGAAGUUCGCGUCCACAUUUCGGCAUCUGGUCCAAAUGAAACAUGGAAAAAGUCAGAUGACCUACUAGGUGGAACAAGCACAAAACGAUUUGAGAAUCUUCGUCCUGCGUCCAACUACACCAUCCGUGUUGCUGUGUUAGGAUGGGGAGGAACAGAGGGAAAAAGAACGUCAAUACUCUGUGCAACAAGACCUCGUCCUAUUACAUCGAUCUCUGUAACUGAACAAACGACAAGCACCAUCAAGGUAAAAUGGGCAGCUGCUAUCGACAAUAACGUCACGUACCUAGCACAGAUUACAGGCCAUGACCCGAUACCAGUAGACAAAGACUUAGCGUUUGUUUUUAAGGAGCUUGACCCUGGUACUAGUUAUGAUGUAAGUGUAAUAGUAAAACGUACAUUUGAGGACGGGAGAGAAGUUGAAAGUCGACCAUGUAAAACUACUGCCUCUACAUGCCCUGCCCGUCCUGAAGGUUUUCACGUAAAUUCAUGUAGCCCUUAUUCCAUAACAGUCGCUUGGCAACCGCCUGUUGGAAAUAUAGAUUGUUACAAAGUAGACAUAUGGUGUAAAGACCAAACCAAAUCAAGGAGUGACAACCAAAAGCCAGAACAAAGCCAGACUAAAGGCAAAGACAGUAUCGAAUGUGUAUUUGAUUCCCUUUCGACUAACCCGGGCAGUCUACACAGAAUAACAAUUUCAUCUCAUUUUCAAGACCUAAGCAGUGAGAUGGUUGAAAUAACACAGAGGACCAAAGUUUGUUCUCCUGACCUAAAACUGUGCGAAAAGACGGAAACUUCUAUCACAAUUUCUUGGGAACAUGUAAAGGGCGAGAAAGAAAAGUACGUUCUUUCACUAAGCCCAAGUGAGGGUGAAUCUGAUGUAGAAAUUCCAUGCCAUGAGAAUAGGCUUCAGCAUAUGUUUCAAAACCUCGUUCCAGGUAAAGAAUAUAAAGUGUCAGCCAUUACAAUCUACGAAGAUGCAGAAUGUGAACGCUGCGUCUUGAUUGUAAGAACGACAGUGCCGCCACCUCAAAACAUAACAGUCAUCAAAGAAAGCAUCACUGCACACAGUUUUAUGGUUAGAUGGGACAAGGUAGUCGGCGAAAUAAGUGGUUACUUCGUGCGCUAUAGCUCUCAAAGUCAUUGUCAAUACGAACCCUUCCUGAUUGCCCCAGAACAUCAGCAAGUAGAGCUUACCGACCUAAUACCCGGUACAACGUACAGUGUUUCUGUUUCCUCGAAAAGUGGAGACGAUGAAAGCACAUCAGACAAGAUAAUCCAAAGCACCAAAGUCCUUCCCAUAAUAGAAUCUGAUCAUUCGGAAGGAGACUGGGAUGACUAUGAAAUAGAAGCAGAGAACAAAGAAACAAAAGAAAGGGAAAUAAUUGUAUGGACAAGUAAGGAAAGCAAAGAGCACGAACAGUUGAUACCGAACCUUGUCCCUGGGUCGUGGUAUGACAUCUCCAUUAGGUCAGUUCGGGGAGACCAAAAGAGUACUCCAAGUACUGUGCGUUUUAGAACAUUACCAAAUGCACCUGUAGACGUAGAAAUCACAACAAAAGGUCAUGAGGUAACAAUAGGGUGGAAGCACCCUUAUGGCAAAAAUGACGGUUAUGUUGUUAAGCUGUCUUCGUUGUCUGAAACGCUGUACACAAUACAUGGGGUCACAGUAAGUGGGGAUGGUAAGAGCGAAGAGACUGUCCUGACAGUAAGGACAGCAGUAGGUGAACCAAAGAACCCUGCGGUCGAAGCAACGUUGACUGCGUUGAAGCUGCAAUGGGAUCCUGCUGACGGUGAGGUCGAUGAAUACCAUGUAUAUCUGGAGCCAAAAGACGAUCCCUCCUCAACUGCACCUGUUGUCGUACCGAAGAACUGUAACACAUGUCAUCAGUUUAACGAGCUCGUGCCGGGAAGACUGUACAAAAUGACCAUCGUCACAAUUCGGGAAGAUGUGGAGAGUAAUGAAUGUGUUGUUACAGAGCAAACUCUUGUCGGGCAGCCGAAGAACGUUCAGUUGGAGCAGUCGGGAGAUGGAGCGUUGAGGUUGACGUGGGAAGACGCUGAUGGAGACAAGGACGGCGAAGUACACCAAUACGGGAUAAGUAUUUCUCAUGGAAACGAAGUAAGCCGACGCGAGAUUUCUGCAUCGUCACAUGAGUACCUAUUUGAAAACCUAACCCCCGGUAGACUGUACACAAUUUCUAUGUGGACAUAUGUUGGAGACUUGGGGAGUACAUCGAUUCCAAGAUCAAUACAAGAAAGAACAUUGGUUGCGAGUGCCAAAGCAGUAAGAGUUUCGGAUUGUACUCAUUCGUCAAUUUCAUUCACGUGGGAUGAUGCUGAGGGGGACGUGGACAACUAUGAAUAUUGUGCUAUGCAUCGAGAGGUUUGCGUCAAAACGAACGUCACUGAGUUAUCCGACCAACGCCCGGUACAAGUUGAUGACCUAACAGGGGGCCGUCUGUACAGCUUAGUUGUUGUAGCUGUAAGUGGGGAUAGGAAAAGUCAACCCACCACGACAACUCAUCGUACAAAAGUCCACAAACCUGAAGGCCUUCGAAUAUUUAACGUAAAAAAUCAACAAGUCACAAUCACAUGGGAACAAGCACAGGGAGACAAAGAUAAGUACACUGCAGCUAUAUUUGACACUACCCUUGAAGACAGAGCGCCAAAUUGUAUAGGGGAUGUAUCUGCCAGCGCUUUUGCUCUCGAAUAUCGCUUCAGUGCUUUGGUGCCUGGUCGGGAAUAUGAGAUUGCCAUCAGGACUAACAGUGGAGGGGAAACAAGCGAGCCUGAGACACGACUAAUAAGAACACUGCCCCUUCGCCCGGUAAAUGUUAGGACGUCCACCGUGGACUCGGGAAUCAUAGUGAAAUGGUUAGAACCAAGUGGUGACAAAGAUGAGUAUUCACUGGAGAUUUGCCCCAAUGAAAAUUUGCAAUCUCCUGUUCUCAUCUCCAGUGGCAACGAAACCUCUCAUACUUUUACAGGUGUUACGCUAGGAAAGCUGUAUGACAUCAAGAUUUCCACCAGAAGCAAAGAUGUCGAGAGUGCCAAGGUAGUCCGGCAACAGCGAAUGACUGUAGGCCCACCAAGUCUUGUACCUCCUCAGCCAUUCGAGACCUCUCUCAAAGUGAUAUGGAAGCACGCAGAGGGUGUAAAGGAUCGCUACCACAUCAAAAUCUGGGAAGAGGGAGGGAGUACAUAUGUACGGGAAGACGUAAGAAACGCCGAUGAGGACUUAGAGAUGACAUUCGAAUCCCUUGUAUCCGGAAGGCUCUAUAGAGUGGAGGUUACUACAGAAAGCGGAGGAGAAUUUAGUGAAUGUGUCCAUGAAACAGUACGAACUAAAAUUCGCCCACCCACAGAAAUCAUCAUCGCAGACAAUGACGUCAAAGAAAAUAGCAUCAGAAUCACGUGGCCUGAACCAUACUGUGACAAGGAUCGUUACCAUGUUUCAAUCGCCCCAAAAUAUGGGGUAGAAAAUCCUGUUGAUGUGGUAGAAAGAGGACAACCUUUGGAGUAUACUUUCCAAAAACUCACUUCAGGUCGCAAGUAUCAAUUAAGCGUGUGGACCGAUAGCGGUGGAGACAAAAGUUAUCCUGUCACCACCAUGAAAAGAACAACUGUCAGUAGCAUAGAACAAAUCAGUGUUAGGGAACGAACUGAAAGUACUUUAACCAUAACAUGGCACGACGCGAAGGGUGAAAAGAGUUCGUACAUUGCUUCCAUAAGAGAGAUGAACUGUGAAAUGUCCUUACAAAAUCCCCUUAACAUCCCUACUAAUUCUCGGUCACUGCCAUACUCCCGUACGUUCACUACUCUUAUCCCUGGUAGAAUGUACGAAGUUUCUGUGGUCACAGUGAGUGGUGAAAUGGAAAGUUUACCACGAAAUAUGCCUUUCAGAACUAUUGUCUCUCCUCCGAGAAAUGUAAAGAUUCCACAAGACAGUGUUACUGAACACAGUAUGGAUGUAGUAUGGGAGGAUGCCAGGGGAGAUUGGGAGUCCUACGAACAUAAUAUAUCACCGAAUGAAGGUUUUGCAAGACACAUAGGAAAGGAGUCACUAGAUGGAGCUGUUGUGUACAGAAGCACAUUCGAAAAUCUAGUUGCGGGUAAAAUAUAUAGAAUCGGAAUGUUCACAAGAAACAAGGAGGCUGACAGUGAAGUGGUUUUACUUGAAGGGAAGAGAACAAAAGUCGCGGCUGUAGAUGAGAACUCCAUAGUAUUUACGAACGUCAGUGAAAAUGCAGUCACCUUGGAAUGGGCGCAAGCUGCAGGUGAGAAGGACAUCUAUAGAGUCACCAUACAUCCUUCCUCUGACGACACUGCAGUGGUCAAAUCACCAUCUGCUGAAAUAAAAGCAGACGAUGAAUUGCUGCACACUUUCAGCGAUCUAACCCCCGGACAGAAAUACAAUAUUUCCAUCGUAACAUUCAAGGAAAAUGACAAAAGUUCGGAAGCCACCAAGACAAUACACACAAAGCCGAACAAACCUGAAGGCUUCCGGGUUGAAACUUUUGCAGAAAGUAUUGCGGUGUCUUGGGACUCCCCUGUGGGUGUACAAGAUGAAUAUAUGGUGGAAAUAAGGAAAGUUGCAGAGGAUCCGGAGUGGUUCAUUAAAGCUACUUUUGCUGAAAAGACAGGGCCUCCCAAUGAUGAAGGCGCUGGUAUCACAGACGAAUCCACUGAAACACGGCCAUGGCAGUCAUUUAAAUACACCUUCAGGGAAAAGGGCACGAUAAAGGCGCGAACAAAAUACAAAAUUUCAGCACAGACCAGAAGCGGAGAGAAACAAAGUGGUGGUCAAUUCAGCCACGUGGUCUCUGUGGAAGAGCGCACAAAGCCACACCCUCCCCGUGAUCCCCGGCUGGUAAAAGAGGGCAUAGAGAGCGUAACAUUCUCCUGGGCACCGCCUAUAGAUGAAGAGCAAAAGCGAGAUAUCUACAGGUACCGGUACAUUGUUAAGUACAAGGGACCAGGCGAAGAGGGAGAACGUGAGCAUGAUUGCCAGUAUAACAACUCGGCAAAAAUAGAACACCUGCGGGACAAUACAGAAUAUGAUUUUUUCGUCAUUUCAGUGGUGGAGACAACAACAGAAGACGGUAAACAAGAAAGGGUCUACAGCGAGAGGUGCAGGUUCACUUUUAAGACAGAGUCUCGGAGCACAAAAAUUGUCAGAAAGUUUUCAAAGAAGAUGAAUCAAGCUCUCUUUAUCGUUAUCUGUGGCGGGGCAUUUGUGAUCACCCUGUUUACCUUCCUUGGUGUGUUCAUCCAUAACUGCGUCAGACCAUUUGAUCAGAAUGAAGUAGACUCUGCAAUCGAAAUUCCAAGUACGAAUGUCACAAACACUACAAAUUUAAAUAACAUUUCUUCUGUAAAGCCAACUUCUAGUAGUGUACAAUCUUACAACAGUGGAAUAGAGUGCUUCUUUGAGAAGGCUGGAGAACAGUUUUGGUACUUCGUGUUUUCCACUGCUGUGCCUGCUAUUUGCCUCCUGGCAAUUUUGCUAUGGAAAGUAGUAAAGCGUGUAAGGAAGAGCAUGACACGUGCAACCAAUGGCGAAAUACGUAGACUAUUGGAGGAAUCAGCUAUAGAAAUGACGGAUAUUUACUCAGAUGAAGAUAAGCCCAGACUAGAAUACGGGAUAACGACAACCAGACAAAGAUGGCUGUUUGAUUCUUCUUAGUUGCUUGAAGUUUGGGUCACUAGAGUCGUGGGAAGUAAAUUUACAUUGACGUGUAUUGAUUAACCGCUUGUGAACCGACAACGUGUUUUUAUACUAGAUUUUAAACGCCUCUUGUGAAACAAGACAGUAUUUUAAAAUCUUCAAAACAAUGGCAAAUUCGAUGAAGUCUACUUAUUGGAGACAUACUUUGAAAACAAAUAAUCGAUCACGUAAGUAUUCAUAAACACAUGCAAUUGUACACUCAUCUAAAAAUGUAUAUGGAUAUCCAUUUCAUUUAGAUAACUUGUAACUGUAUUUGAAGACGCCGGAACAGUUUUUAGAUGCAGCAAUAGUGAUCUUUGGAGGAGAACGUUAGAGGUGUCAUGACUAAAAAGUUACAGUUACUGUUAAACUAAACCCUUUUCCAGGCGUGUAUACGGUUGUUAACCAUCUUUAUUGCGACAAGUUUCUGAGUCCUGACAUACUGAAUGUUGUAGACUAUUGCAAUGGAUAUGGUACACAGUAUGGAGGUAGAAAUCUACUGAUACAGAAUUGCAAUUAAACUGGAAUAAUUUUUAAUCCAGCCCUCCGUUAUUCCAUUAUUCUUUAUUCAAAAAGGUUUCAGUAUCAACAUCCAUGUACAUGUAUAUAUUGAAUUUUAUUGAUGAUUCUUCAGGGAUCUCGAUUCCCCUUAUAAUUAUUUUGUUUAUAAGCAAUCGGCGUGCUUGCAAUAUCAUUCUAUCCGAUUAAGUCACGAGAUAUAAAAUCAUAGGCCUAACUGGUUUUUACAAAUGUAUUGAUUCCUCGUUUGUUGCAUUCGUCUAUGUUUUGAGGAACAUGCUAUGUUUUCAAGACAGAAUAAAUGUAUAAGUCCAGAUGCUAUUUUUAUAACUAUUGACUGAGCUUAGAAUGCAUUUGCGGAUGGUUUACGUUCCAGCAGUAUGGUAUACAAACCGAAAGAAUGACAAUGAAAGUGGUCUUAUUUCUGUUACAGAGAUGCAAGCACUAGUUUACUACAAAGACCCAUAUUUAAUUUACAUAUAUCUUGCAAAGGAAUGCGGUUUGAUAGUAUCUAUAUUAGCAAAUGGUAUCAUAAAAAUAUAUAAUCAACAUUGGAAACGCCUUGAAAAUGUCUUUAUUUGUUUGCCUGAGUAUGACGUUGAUCUGCUUGCACUACUUUAAACAAAAUCUACACUAGAUGCUACAGGUCAUUGUUACACACCAAAAGGCAUUUACCUGCCGACGUUUCAGUACAGCCCUAAGGAAAGUAACUGAUGAAACUAUUCACGCAAAUCUGGACCAAUUAAAUCAAUA